UGUGUGUGUGUAUGCGUCUGUGUGUGCCUCAGUGUGUGUGUCUAUGUGUGUGUGUUUUGCAGAGAUUUCUUCCCUACCUCAGGGAAUGUUUUUCAGGAAUGGAUCCAGCGUCUGCUCUGUUGCCUGCAGAUACAUUUUUUUCUGACGUUGAAUAGCUGAGAGGUGAUGUGUCGGGUCGGGUCAGGGAGGUAAACGGCCUAUUUAAAGGAGGAUCAGAAAUGAAAGCCAUCACAUCCAGACCGCCUGCCGCAGCAGAUGUCCAGGAUGAGCUACUUUGGAUGCAAGAAUCGGGAGCUGAGGGUCCUGGUGAUGGGGACAAACCGCGAGGCCACCAAAAGCCUCAUCAAAGAGAUCAAGCAUUACGCUGACAAAACACCACAGGAAUCCUCUAAUCGUUCAGCUGACUGCUGGGUCAACAUCUGUACAUCCAAAGACCAAAGUGUCUCUGUGACCAUCGACGGAUUACACAUGGAUCUCUUUAACAUCAGGACUUUGUGUGACUCAGACGAUAUUAGCAAGAUGACUGAAAGGGGCGAGAAGUACAUCUCGACGUCGGCCCGCCACGUCUUCCUGCUGGUGAUGACCCAAAACCCAUCAGAGGACGGAGGUAAAAAUCAGAGGCAGAAAGUGAUCGAUGAUGAGAAAAAGAUGGUGGAGGAGAUUAAAGAGACUUUUGGUGACGAGGCAUUGAAGUACAUGGUUGUUGUGUUCAAGAACGUUAAAUCUAAUGAUGGGAUGCUCAAAGAAAGUCUCCGAAAUAACGCUAAAGAACUCUGGGCGCUUAUAAAUCCGUGCCCCCUGGUGCCGUGCGAAAUAAAUAAAGAUGUCCCAGAAGAAAUCAAGAAAGUCAUCAAGGAAAUCAACGAGCGGCCUGGCGGUACCUGCUACACCCACAAGAUGCUGGAGGCUCACAGCAAGAAAGGAGGAUGUAAGUGGGAAAACUUUUCCCUGCCAACAAAAGUCUGUGUGCUGAUCCUGUGCUGCGUCGCGAUCGCAGUCGGAUACUUCCUGUUCUGCUGUGGGAAAGAGCUGAUAGAAACGGCUGCGUCUGCUGCCACUAAAGGCCUCAUGAACGUUUCAGAGUAACGUCAUGAAGCUUCAUCAGGUCCAAACGGUUCGACCGAAAAGCACAAACCGGUUCUGAUCCGAUGAGCUCCAAGCUCAGCCAGGCUGUCGCUUCUCAUUUAUCAUAUUAAUCAUAUUCUGUUUGCUUCAACCUUUAUUUGAUGUAUUUAAAGAUCAGAUGAUAAGAUUUUAUUCAUCCAGAACAUGUAAUCAUUUAGUUAACAGUUUAGCUGAAAUGUGAGAACUUCCUGUUAUUGUUAUUUCUGGUAAAAUGUUUCUCCUUCUGAACGUUAACGAGUUUUUAACAAGGCUCAGGUCCUGGAUGUCAGGUUUUACUCCUUCAUCUGAAUGUUUCUGUUCUGGUUCUAUAAACUGAUCUCAAAGGGAAACACGUCGAGUUUCCUGGAUAAAACGGUUUGAAAUGUUUGUAUGGUUGGGAGUUUUUGGGUUUUGCUCGGUACUGUAAAGAUUGUUCUGGUGGUUUCUGGACCCGGUUCUGCUCUGUAAACCAUCCUGUUGGAACCAAAUUAAAAACUUCGCAGCA